AUGUCGGGGCAAGGGCGUAGGGGAGGGCAUGGCGGGAGGGCCAAGAGGGCAUGGCUGACUGUGAGGGAUGCGAGGGGCGAGGCCAUGGAGGAGGAAGAGAGUCUCCAGCAGAGCUGUCUUCGGCAACAUGCCAUUGACAAGAGGAUCGAUGACUUUCUCGUGCGAGGGGGAGGGCAGGGUCGCUGCAUGAAUCUCUGGAACUGGGAGGAAAGCUCGUUCAGGUCGAGGUUGAGGAGGAGGUGGCUGCGGUGCUCCAUCCGCUACACAUACACAGCACCUCAAUCAAGGCACGAGCAGCCAGGCGCAAGCUCUGCUCGAGACCCUCCACCCUCCGAUGUUCGAAACGUCGAGGGCGUUAGUGCUGAUGGCAAGGAGUCUCCUGCUGCUUCUACUUCCAUGCUGUCCAGAACCUUCACGCCUAGAAAGACAAUAUCUGAGAGAAUCUGGGGCGCCUACCUUGACGCGCCCAGACCCAAGCCAUGCAAGAAGGAGGUGGACGAAGCCUUCGCGUUCCUCAAGAAGGUGGAGACUCCUCUGCUGAAGAAGGGGUGCAUGACAGCGGUGGAUUGCUGUAGCGGACAUGGACUCUUCGGUCUGCUACCUCAAGUCGCGCAAGUGAAGUUCGCCGAGGGCGACAUAGCAGAGACGCUUCCUGCUCUCCUCGACUCUCAAGCUCCUUCGCAUGAAGCCAGGCAAGGGGUUCGUGUGUUUGCCAUCCAUGCCUGUAACUACCUCACUGAUGUGAUCAUGGACGCGUGCGUGGAGAGGAGCGUGUCGUUUGCUGUCAUGCCGUGCUGCCAUGCCGAUCGCUUCAACGGCCGCGUCCGCCAUGCUGCCAGCCUCCUCGAGGUUCCGCUCGCGCACUUCGUUGACAUCGCGAGGAUUGGCUCGUUGCAUGUGAGUCUGCGAAUGGUCCCCGCGACCGUCACGCCGGAGAAUCGGGUCAUCAUCGCCAACCCGAGGGAAGGGGAGGGAGGUGAUCGCGGGAGGUUCGACGCCAGGGAGCACGAGGCACUGAAGGAGGUCCUCGCGCUGCCUGCACUUGUCUCUCCCUCACAACGUCUCAGCGCGCUCGCAUCCUUCACGGAGUCAAACCUUCACGCCUGCUUGACUCAGUCAGUCUAG